CUGAAGCAUGUGAGCGGGAGCAUCAUGGAGGGUGCAGAUUACCAGUUGCCUUCUGCCAAUCCAGGUAGCGUGGCCCUUCCUUCCCCAUCCUCCUCCUCUUCCUGCGACGGAGCUGACGCCCUGGCCUUCAACGGGGAGCUGGACCUGCAGCGCUACUCUAAUGGGCCAGGGGGGUCGGGAGGCGAGGCCCGCCCUUACCCGUGCCCCAUCUGCGGCAAGCGUUUCCGCUUCAACAGCAUCCUGGCCCUGCACACGCGCAUCCACACUGGGGCCUACCCCCUCACCUGCCCUUACUGCGGCCAUCGGGCAGGGCAGCGUGCCAGCCUGCGCCUCCACCUGCGCUCGCACUGCCCCGAGGCGCCCCCAGCCUCCGCCCCGACCGAGUUCCGCUGCCAGGUGUGCGGCCAAGCCUUCACCCAGUCCUGGUUCCUCAAGGGUCACAUGCGCAAGCACAAAGACUCCUUCGACCACAAGUGCCAGGUGUGCGGGCGUGGUUUCAAGGAACCCUGGUUCCUCAAAAACCACAUGAAGGUUCAUCUCAGCAAGCUGGGCCUUCAGAGUGAACAAAGGGGGCCUGGAACGGGUCGCUCCCCACAGAGCCUACUCGUGGGGUGCGAGGCCCUCUACCCUUCGCUCCUGUCCCCGCGGCCCACAGACAAAGCCAGCACGGGUAAUUUCCUUGGCUAUGGUGAUGCCAGCUGUGCUGAGAGACUGCAGGCCACAGCCCGGGCAGUGGAGAGCGGCCAACAGUGGAGGGAGCGCCCUUACGCGGGGGAGCCCAAGCUCGCGAGAGAGAACUCCGGAGGCAUCCAUCGUUGUCCGGACUGCACGCGGAGCUUCAGCACAUUCCAGCAGAUGGCGCUGCACCGCCAAAGCCACCUGUCCCGAGACAGGGAGUGGAGCAAGGGACAGUCGCUGGGUUCUCACCUUCUCACUGGACACUGGCUGCCCACAAAUGUCCGAGCCUCCAGUACGAGCAGCACCAGCCCCACUCUGCUGACCCAAGGGGAAAAGGAUGCGCAGGGGCAGCCACGCCUUGAUGGAUCCCGCCGGGGCUCUGGGAAAGAUUGUCCAUUCUGCGGGAAGUCCUUCCGAUCGUCCCACCAUCUCAAGGUGCACCUUCGUGUUCACACAGGCGAGCGCCCAUACAAAUGCCCUCACUGUGACUACGCCGGCACUCAGUCCGGCUCUCUCAAAUAUCACUUGCAGCGCCAUCACAGGGAGCAAAAGAGCGCUGCUGCAGCUGCAGCUGCCGCCGCUGCCGCUACCACAGGAACACUGGAACGGUGCCACAUACCCCUCGCUCCCACUGCAGCCUCUGCCUUUCCCCAAACGCAGCUCGCCAAGAGCCACGGGCCCUUCCUACCCCUGGGGGGCUUGGGUGCUGCUCGGUCUCGUCAGUCUCGGCGCAAACCGCUGCUCAACGGGAAGGCCGACUUCCAGCCCUUGGACCUGUCGCUGCGCCCAGCCCUGGCCGGAGGGGCCCUCCACCGCUGCCAAUUCUGCCCCUUCGCCACCUCAGCUCCUGAGCUCAUGGAAUUACACCUUCAGGUGCACCACAGUCGAAAAGCCCGAACCCGCCGUUGCUCUCACACUGCCCCUAGACCCCGUGUGGUGGUGCAGCAGGAGGAGGAGGAGCCAGAGAUCUCUGAGCCCCAGAGCCCCCAGCGGAAAGAAACCAAGGCCCUGCGUCCAAAGGGGGAGACGACCAAACUCCAGAAGCUCUGGCAUUUGGAAGACCAGGAGGCACCACCCAGGCCUCAGCGGCCUCGAAGGAAGCAGUCCUCCGUUGGAGCAGUGGUUGUCACCAGUCUCUCUCCUGGAGCUAAGCAGGAUUGGGACGACCUGUCUCAAGACUCUGAGGAGCCACUCCCCGAGGAGGAAUUGCCUGGCCCCCUGGUCCCAAAGGGGGCGCCACACCAGGAGGCAUCUAAAGCAGGCCAAGGCCUAAUGGAGCUGCAGUUGGAGCCAGUGCAGGCUUGAGGAUAUCUACUCUGCAUAUUUAAACCAGUUUCAAACCUGUUUAACUGUCAUGCCAACUCCUGACCCAGAGGACUCUUGAAACUGUAGUUCUCCUCUCAACAGUCAUACAGAACUACAGUUCCCAGACUUCCGGAGGGUGGCGUUGAAGAGGGGCCUCGUAGCUUAGAGCUUUGCAUGCAGAAGGCCCCAGGCUCAAGCAGUCCUUGGUCUCUCCAGUUAAAAGAGGCUUGCAGUUUUGGAGAGACGCCUGCCUGUAAAAGCGGACCCUACUGACCUAGAUAGACCAGUGGUCUGAUUCCAUAUAAGGCAACUUCCUACAUUCAUUAGACAGUUAAACCAGUUUCAAACCUGUUUACAUUUGUAGUAUAGAUGUGCCAAGGCCACGAGAGGCAGAUAGACGCCGCCCCACGAGUGACGGGGUUUACAUACCCAUCUGUGAGAGGUCCUGGGGCUGGAGGUAGUGAGGUUGUCAAAACUAUUCCGGACGUGUGUCCUCUUUGCCUUUUAACAGCAACAAGACCGGUGGGAAUUCAAGAGGCGCAAGUCCUCUCUUGUCACUGAAGCUGUUAAAAGCAUAGGAGCCCUGAGAGGAGAAAGUAAUAAUGGGAAAAAGUGAAGGUAGAGGCUGUGAUACGGCUGGGGUGCCGAGCUGGGCGAAAGGCAAUGAUACUGUAGCAGUCCUUUGUGAAUCAAACAGGGUUUUGAGGUAAGGCGGCCGGAGUACGCGAGAUUCCUGCCCCUUGCUCGCUCCUCAGUUCUGGGCUCGAUGCUGCUGCUUUUGGGCGCCACUGCCUAGGGAGUCGGGCCCUUUCGCAAUCUAAAUCCUUGGCGCAAGGGCAGGCUUGAGAGGCCUCCUGGGGGACAGGACUCCUAUAAGCUGUCCCGUUUUGUAAAAGGGGAGGACUACUGCAGGUGCCGCUUUCCCUCCCAUGGCGCCGCUAUGGUGGGAAAAGCUGUACCUGCCCCAUUCCUCCUCUCUCCGUUGCUGUUAAGGGUAGAGGAGACCUAUCCCUAGGAACGCGGUUGAUCCUGAAGUGCCACAGGUGUAAAGUGGGCCGUAGGCUGCACCAGCCACCCUUGGCCUGAGGGGACUUUAUCCCCUUGAGCGCCUACGUGUGAGGCGGCCCAUCUACAGAGCAAAUUUGGGGGGGGCAGUCUCGUGUGCUUAGCAAGCGACCCA